GCAACGAUUUCAUUCCUGAGUUAUCUGAAACCAUCACGCUUCCACUGCCUCCACCUGCCCUAGGCUCUGUAAAAGACCUAGUGUUUGCCAUUUUAACCCAGACCAACACUGCCAACUUUCCAUUCUUCCACACCCGCAACAGCACAGACCAAUACACCAUGGGAAAUGAAACCCCAGACUUCACCGACUGGCCACUGACAACAGAGUUUGACUAUGGCGAUUCAACACCAUGCAUGGGAACUGAGGAAAAGCACUUUGCAGCAAAGUUUCUGCCACCUCUUUAUUCUCUAGUGGUGAUAUUUGGCCUGACAGGCAACAUGCUUGUUGUCCUUAUCCUGGUAAAAUACAAGAGGCUGAAGAGUAUGACUGACAUCUACCUGCUCAACUUGGCCAUUUCUGAUCUGCUGUUUGUAUUUUCUCUCCCGUUUUGGGCUUAUUAUGCAGGUCAUGACUGGAUUUUCAGGGAGGCGCUCUGUCGAAUUCUGUCAGGUGUCUACCUCCUUGGCUUCUACAGUGGCAUCUUUUUCAUAAUCCUGUUGACCCUGGACAGGUACCUGGCCAUAGUGCACGCCGUGUUUGCUUUGAAAGCCAGGACAGUUACCUACGGCAUCCUCGCCAGCGUUGUCACUUGGGCUGUUGCUGUUCUAAUUUCUGUCCCAGGGGUAGUAUUUCACAAAACUCAGAAGGAAAGUUCAGGCUAUACUUGCAGUGCUCAUUAUCCAAGUGAUUCCACAAUAAAUUGGAAGUACUCUUUUAUUUUAAAGAUGAACAUCCUGGGACUUCUUAUUCCAAUGCUCAUUAUGAUUUUCAGUUACUCACAAAUUCUAAAAACACUAUUGAGAUCUAAGAAUGAGAAAAAACAGAAGGCAGUCAGACUUAUUUUUGUAAUCAUGAUUUUUUACUUCAUCUUCUGGACACCAUUCCAUAUUUCUUCUUUUUUGCAUGCAUUUCAAAAUUCACUUUUCAUCCCAAAUUGUGAACUUAAAAGUCAACUGGAGAAAGCAAUCCAAGUGACAGAAACGAUAUCAAUGAUCCACUGUUGCAUCAAUCCUGUGAUCUAUGUAUUUGUUGGAGAAAAAUUUAGGGCAUAUCUUUAUACCUUUUUCCGAAAGCAGGUCGCACCUCACCUUUGCAAAAAAUGCCCAAGUCUUUAUCGUGAAAAAUUGGAAAGAGUCAGUUCAACAUUCACACAAUCCACUGCAGAGCACGACAUCUCUACCGGACUGUAAAAAUACAUCAGAACAUUAGUUAGCAAAUCUUGCAUCACUUACUUUGCCUUAAGGAGUGCCUGCCAUUAUUAAAGAUCUUUAUGUCGACCACUACUUAAAACUGUAUGAUCCCUAUUCUUGUGGUCAACUGCUCCCUGGGAUUACAGCAUUUUCUAUUGCUAAACUAAGAGAAUCAAUGAGUUCUCCAGGAAAGAUUAACUGCAUAGCUGGGUCACAUCAAGAAUUAAAUGGGGCUCCGACAAAUAUGAUCAUGCUUUUUUCUAUCCAAUAAGAUUUACUGAGGGAGGAAUAUGAUAUUGAAAAGUCUAAGGGGCAAAAGGUCAUCUCACAAGAUCUUACUGGGACCAUUUAACCCAAGAAUUUGUCUGUUUAGCCUA